AUGCUGUCUCUAUCGCGAUUUUGUGCGGGCAUUCUUCCCUGGAUCAGCUUCGUCACCGGUUGGAACUUGACGGCAAGAGACUUCGUGUCCUGGGACCGCCCUCGGGCCGCUUUGAUCAGAGACCAUGUGUACCUGGAGGGCGGCCGGAUCCACCACAACUUGACCGACAUCGUCACCUCUUCCGAUGGUUUUCUCUUCAAGCUCAACUUGCACCGGUCAUUCGGAAUAUCUGGAGACAGUCCUCCCGCGGUCUUCGAGUCCAUCGAUGAAGGGCCCAUUACCAAUUACUACGUUGAUGGAUUCAUGUUCGCGGACUACGACGAGUUUUACGCUUAUGGGGGCCUCUUUGAUUCCUCGGGCAACACUCAGACGGACCGCACCGUGAGUUGUCCCUUAUACGAUGCGCCCGAAGGCUCCAAUGUCCAGCUCGGAGAACCCAACACCAACUACGCUCCUCAAUCGGGAUCCUUCAUCAGCGAUAUCGCCAGCGGCGCCGGAGCCAAUGCGCCCAGUGAAAACUUGGGAUUCUACUUCAGCGGCAUGUACAACGAGGACGGCACCCCGUUCUCCUAUUUUGGUCCACCGCGUGACAUUUCCAACUGGUUGAUCCAAGUGGAUACAUCCAUCCAAGGAGCGGCCGACUGGAGGCAACUCUAUAUCAAUCAAGCUUCCAAUCCCGUGAACGUGACCCUACGAGUCGAGGGUGCUCUCGUCUGGGUCCCCGCGUCCACGCAAGGUCUUCUGAUUGCCAUCGGGGGUGUUGUGAAUGCGUCCGAUCUGCACUUCUAUGGGCCCACGGAUGAUAAUGCCACCGAGUCCAUGGGCUUCUUGAAAGAAUUCCCCGUCUACGACAUCGGCUCAGCCUCCUGGAGCCUCCAGACGCUGAAUGAAGGAUCUCCCUUCCCGGACACGCCGCUGGUCCAAUUCUGCACCGUGGUGGCCUCCAGUCCGGACGGAUCUCACCACGAAAUCUUUGUGUAUGGAGGGUGGGACAACAACGGGGGAUCCCCCAAAAACGACGUCUGGAUUUUGACCGUGCCGUCAUUUACCUGGAUCAAGGCCGACAGCCCUGGACGGACGGGCGACGCCAGACAAGGCCACGUCUGCGCUUCUCCAUAUCCCGAUCAAAUGAUUGUCAUUGGUGGCACGUCCCUCGCGGGCAGCCCGUUGGAUACCAGCAACACGGUCGAUGUGUACAAUCUCAACGAGCUCAACUGGACGGGCUCGUACGAUCCUGAUAUUCAUCAACCGUACCAACCUCAUCAGACGGUUCUCGACGUCAUAUCUGCCACGCCCACCGCCGGUAACAUGCCUUCGGACAUCGCGGGUUGGUUUGACACCAAGUACAACAUGGACAAGAUCAAAUUCUACGGACCUUAUCAGAAAGUGAGUGAGACCACCCCUUCGCCCCCGCCGUCAAAUGCAACGACGUCGGCAACUCCAUCUCCCGCCCCAAAUUCGGACCGACCGUGGGUGGUCCCGGUUGCCGCGACCCUGGGUACGGUGGGGGGACUAGCCCUCGUGGGCGCCCUGAUUUUCUUUUGUUGCUGCCGAGGCCGAUUCGCCAAGCGUCGGGGAGAGAACCAAGAAGCAGCCGAAGUCAGUCAAAGAAGGAGUUGGAUCGUGCCUUGGAUCUGGUCUACGUCUUCAGGAGCACCUGGGAAGGACGUCACGUCCGACACCAUCACCGAGGUUGAACAUCCGAGCUCCCCCCUUCAGACGACUAUUCCCCAAGAGCUUGAAGGCGGAUACGUGGCACAGAGCGACGGAAGAGGGCGCGACCGCUGGUCUUCCUCGACUCAUGUUCGCUCACCACCGGGUGAAUAUGCCGCUCCAGUCGAGGCUCAGGACACGGCCGUCCAUGAAGUCCCUGGCACAUCUCGAAUAAACUCGGCCGACGACAUCAACUAUGAUUUCCGAAACAUGGCCAUGUACCCCCCUAGUGUCGUCAGCGGCGGCCAUUUAAAAACACUCCCUAGCGAAUCGAUCUCGCCGCCGAAUGAAUCCAGCACCAAUGCACCGGCGUCACCCCAUACCACAUCCGCGGCCGCUCCAAGUUCUCCAAGAGAUUUCCCUACCAUUCCCGAGACCGACAUCGCGCUGAGCGGUGCGGUCACGGACAACCAGGGAUCUGAGCGAGCAGUCUCACCACUUACUGCCCGGCAAACGCAGCGACCGGGACAUGGUCGUCGUCAUUCCAGUAUGAGCAGUGGAAUGUCACUCCCGUCACCUAAUAUUGACCAAUCUGCCCUUCCUAGACCUAGGGCUUCACGAAGUGCUUCGGGGGAAGAUGGUGAGACGGUAUCGGAUAGACAAGGCAGCCAUACAUUAUGA